AUAGCAACCAUGCCAUGCCCCACUGGAUUAUGUAAGGUCAUUGUGUUAUGUAACCACGCCGCAUCUUGCUGCGCCACUCCACUUGCGUCUGGCUACGAGUGACACGCUCUUCGUUUACCGACGCGGACAUGGCCCCCGUCAGUAAGGCAGAAGAUGCCCAAAAUGAGGUGAAGAAAGGUGAGGAGGACAAAAAAGGUGAGGAGAAGAAGGGUGAGAAGAAGAAAGGUGAGGAAAAGAAAGUUGAGGAGAAGAAAGCUGAGGUGAAGAAGGGUGAGGAGAAGAAGGGUAAGGAGGAGAAGGGUGAGGAAAAGAAAGUUGAGGAGAAGAAAGCUGAGGAGAAGAAGGGUGAGGAGAAGAAGGUUGAGGAGAAGAAGGGUGAGAAGAAGAAGGGUGAGAAGAAGAAAGGUGAGGGAAAGAAAGGUGAGGUGAAGAAGGGUGAGGAGGAGAAGGGUGAGGAGGAGAAGGGUGAGGUGAAGAAGGGUGAGGAGAAGAAGGUUGAGGAGAAGAAGGGUGAGAAGAAGAAGGGUGAGAAGAAGAAAGGUGAGGGAAAGAAAGUUGAGGAGAAGAAAGCUGAGGAGAAGAAGGGUGAGGAGGAGAAGGGUGAGGUGAAGAAGGGUGAGGAGGAGAAGGGUGAGGUGAAGAAGGGUGAGAAGAAGAAGGGUGAGAAGAAGAAAGGUGAGGAGAAGAAAGGUGAGGAAAAGAAAGUUGAGGAGAAGAACGCUGAGGUGAAGAAAGGUGAGGAGAAGAAGGUUGAGGAGAAGAAGGGUGAGAAGAAGAAAGGUGAGGAGAAGAAAGUUGAGGAAAAGAAAGUUGAGGAGAAGAAAGCUGAGGCGAAGAAAGGUGAGGAGAAGAAAGGUAACACGACAGAAUUGAAAGGUUUGGAGAGCCUCGCUCCCCUGGUCCGCUCUGUCGAGGAGACCCCCGAUGCGAUCCAUGCUGAGGUACAAGGGACCAUUCCCCACUGGAUCAAUGGCAGCCUGCUCCGAAACGGCCCGGCAAAGUUUGAGUUUGGAGACACUUCCUUCAACCACUGGUUUGAUGGGAUGGCCAUGCUCCACAAAUUCAAGAUGGAGAAAGGCCAGGUGACAUACACCAGUCGCUUCCUGCGCAGCGAAGCCUACAAGAAGAAUAGCGAGCGGGACCGUAUCAUGGUGUCAGAAUUUGGUACCGUGGCGAUGCCCGACCCUUGUCAAAACAUCUUCCAGCGAUUCUUCUCUCGCUUUGAGAUGAUAAAGCCCACAGACAACGCAAAUGUCAACUUUAUGAAAUACAAAGGAGACUACUAUGUCAGCACAGAGACCAACCUGAUCCACAAGGUGAACCCAGAGAACCUGGAAACACUCCAACAGGUAGAUUGGAGCACGUUUGUUGCCGUUAAUGGAGCGACGGCCCACCCUCACUACGACCCUGAUGGCACCUGCUUCAAUAUGGGCAACUCCUAUGAGGGCAAAGGAACCACGUACAACAUCAUCCGCGUACCUCCUGGGAAGUCGAACGACUACGACACCCUGCAAGGUGCCAGCAUUCUCUGUUCCAUCGCGCCUUCGAACAAGUCCCACCCCUCCUACUACCACAGCUUUGCCAUGUCGGAGAACUACGUGGUGUUCAUUGAGCAGCCGAUUAAAAUAGACCUGGUGAAGAUAGUCACAUGUAAGUUGCGGGGAAAAGCGUUCAGCGACGCUGUUUACUGGGACCCCAAGCAAGACACCAUCCUGCAUCUUAUCGACAAGAAAACGGGAGAGGCCAGCCCAGUGAAGUACUACGCCAAAGCUUUCUCCAACUUCCAUCAAAUCAACGCCUUUGAAGAGUCCGGAUUCUUGAUUUUGGACCUCUGUUGCGCUGACGACGGCAAAGCCCUUGACAUUUACACCCUUCAAAAUUUACGCAAGUCGGGAGAAGCACUGGAUAAGCUGUACAACAACAUGAGCAAGGUUUUCCCUCGCCGCUUUGUUUUGCCCCUCCAAGUGAGCGAUGACACGCCGAUCGAUAAAAACCUGAACACUCGGCCUUCCAGUAAAGCAACAUGUGUCAAAAAGAGCAAGACAAGGGUGUUCUGCCAAUCCGAGGAUCUCCAUGGCGAUGACCUCUACCAAUACGGUGGCCUGGAAUUCCCUCACAUCAACUACAAGCGAUACAACACGAGGCCUUAUCGGUAUUUCUACGGCUGUGGUUUCAAACACUUGUUUGGAGACUCGCUUCUCAAGAUGGACCUCAACGACAGGACGCUGAAGGUGUGGUACCAGAAGGGCCUCUUUCCAUCGGAGCCGGUUUUUGUGCCCUCACCAAACGCCGUGGAGGAGGAUGAUGGCGUCAUCCUCUCCGUGGUUCUGUGCCCUUCGCAGGAUAAAGCCACAUUCCUCCUGGUUUUGAACGCCAAGACGUUUGAGGAGUUGGGAAGAGCCAACGUGCCCGUCAACAUGCCCUACGGCUUCCACGGUGUCUUCAACGCAUCUGUUCAAUGAAUAUGUUACAGCAUGUUUUCUCACGCAGGAUAUUGUUCAUGAUCAUAUUCGAAAAAUACCAAGCAGGCUGACUGAUCACUUUUAUAUCAUGGUACUGGACUGAUUUCCUGCUUUCUGCCUUACAAAGCUGCACUGCACUGUUAUCAACCGGAUGCAAAUGAAGACAAUUCUUACAGUGUUGUUCUUAUUUUUUUUAUAUUCGUUAAUACAUCUUUUCUACAAGCACUAAACUGCGACAGCGUACUCACGAAGUGCUGCAAACGCCUUCCUUCAAUAAAUGUGUUUAAUCAAUGUC